UCGCUACCGCUGCAAAUCUGGACUCUUGUUGAUCAUUCUGAAGUCUGUUUGGAUCACCAACAACAAUGGCAAAGCUCCUGACAGUUUUGGGCGUGCUGCUCACCUUGCAGAUAGUUACAUCUAAUAACCUGCUGUGUCACAUGACCAACUGGGCCCAGUACCGGCCAGACAUGGGAAGGUUCACCGCAGACAACAUUGACCCUUUCCUGUGCACACAUGUCAUCUACGAUCUGGUCACCAUCAACAGUUUCAACCAAAUUACACCAAUUGAGUGGAACGAUGAGCAGCAGUUUGUACGCCUCAACGUCCUCAAGAACACAAACCCUGCCCUGAGGACUUUGCUAACCGUAGGGGGCACAGUAAAUGGAAUCAGCCCAUAUGUCUCAGUGGUCUCCAAAGCAGAGAACCGCGCCGCAUUCAUCCGAUCAGUGCUCAGCUACCUGCGCACUCAUAAUUUCGAUGGAUUGAACGUAGCAUGGGACUACCCCGGCCACAACGGAAGUCCAGUGGCAGACCGGGAACGCUUCACUUUGCUGCUAUCGGAAAUGUCCCAAGCUUUUGAUGAGGAAGCCAAGGAUAACAGAAAGUCUCGUCUGAUACUCUCAGCUGAUUUGGCAGGUUUCCGCACAACCAUUGAUGCAGCCUAUGAAGUCAGCAAGAUAGCAGUUCAUUUGGACUUCCUCAACCUUAAGACCUAUGACUUUCAUGGAAGCUGGGAGCCUGUCACUGGACACAACAGUCCUCUGUAUCGCAGUAGAGUGGAUCCUGGAUCUAUGAUUUACCAUAACAUUAAUGACUCUGUGUCCCACUGGCUGCUCCGGGGAGCACCGUCUGAGAAGCUGAUACUUGGUUUCCCCACAUAUGGCCGCACCUUCCGCCUCAGCUCUGGUGCUACAGGUCUGGGAGCUCCAGCCAAUGGCCCCGCAGACGCUGGCGCCUAUACUCGCACUGCUGGCUUCUGGUCCUACUAUGAGGUGUGUAACUUCAUUCCCAGUGCUACUGUAGGGUGGAUUAGUGAGCAAGAGGUCCCCUAUGCCACCUAUGGCAGUGCCUGGGUUGGCUAUGAUGAUAAACGCAGCUUCUCCUCUAAGGUCCAGUAUAUGACUACACACAACCUAGGUGGAGCUCAUGUGUAUACGUUGGAUAUGGAUGAUUUUAGUGGCUCGUUCUGCGGCACAGGGGCUUAUCCACUGGUCAACCAUCUCAGGAUGUCUAUGGGAUUUGGGCCCAAGCCUACCACCACCCCAGCACCCACAACCACCCGGGACCCUGUGGCAGACUUCUGCCGGGGCCGCCCUGAUGGCCUGUAUGAGAAUGCGGCAGAUAAAACCACGUACUUCCAGUGUUUCCAGGGAAACACCUACCUGCACCGCUGCCAGCCUGGUCUGAUCUACUGGGACUCCUGCAAAUGCUGCAACUGGCCCUGAACGAUAAAGAAUAAAGAAAGAAACAAAAAAAAGGAAUAAUAUGGUUUAUACAACUAUUAACAAAAAUGCAUGUUCAGAUCAAACUGGUAUGAUUCUGCUCACACUGUAAUAAACCUGUCAAACCAA